AGAGAGCUGUCGGAUUUUCGGUCCAACACCGCGUGGUUUCCACUUCUCCUCCCUCAUUCUUUCAAUUUAAAGUUUGAAGUUGAAGCAAAGAGAACUUUUCCAGUACAGCCCUAGCUCACUUUGACUUCUCAACGUAUUCGAAUUGGCUUCUCUCUCUCUUUGUCUAGCUUCAUUUCACAACAGCAGAAGCCAUAAGCCAGAAAGCCUCGAUUAAGCAUCUCAUUUCACCUGCAGGAACUCAUAGUUUCAGUCAUCUAAUGCAAAAACAAAAGGUUGUCCCACUCCCAAUGACAUCACAAUAGUGUAGGGAAGUCUCUCUCCAGUAGGCUGAUCAAAGAAACGUUUCUUGUUUAAGUUGACUGUGAAAGUGUGAACCCAAAGAAAACUCGGGGCUGCAAUCCCUGCAACAAGUUUCGGAUAAGAACCCAAAAUCCAAGACCUGCCCCUUUGACUUCGAGAUGGAAACCCAGCAAUAUAAACCAACCACCUCCUCAAAGCCUCCAACUUUAAGGGACGGUGCCUAAUUCUGAAUGCAAUUUAUCCAUGUUGUAUUGCUACUGUUAUGCCAUCUGUUCUUCUGUAAUAGCUACACUCCUGAUUCCCAUUUGCCCAAUUGACAGCAAUCCUUAAAUCUUCCACAACAUUCCUUCAUAUAAAUUUGGAUGGUGGCAGCUGCAAAUUAAAUCAAAGUUCCAAUUCAUCCCAAAAAAAAAAUAAAAUGAAGAACUGCAACAUUGCAGCUCUUUCACAAAAUUUCCUUCUCCUGAAGAUCCUGCUGUUCCUAGGAAUGGCUGCCGGAGAUCCAAGAACGAAGACGGUCCAAAUAAUGUGCGGCAACCAACGUGAGCACAACACAACCGUUUUUGUUCCGAAUUUUGUCAGUACGAUGGAAAACAUCAGUGAACAAAUGCGAACUUCUGGCUUUGGCGUGGCAGUAACCGGUUCGGGCCCUGAUACAAACUAUGGCAUAGCUCAAUGCUACGGAGAUCUUUCUCUUCUAGACUGUGUGUUAUGCUACGCCGAGGCGCGUACAGUGCUUCCCCAAUGUUUUCCUUACAAUGGGGGUCGGAUUUACCUCGACGGUUGCUUCAUGAGGUCCGAAAACUACAGCUUUUACGAUGAGUUUAGAGGAUCGGAGGACAGGGUCGUGUGUGGGAACACGACAAGGAAGAGUUCAGCGUUCGGAGAAUCAGCAAGGGAGGUUGUGAGGCGUGCGGUUGAGUCUGCACCAAGCAACCGAGGCUAUGCAAGGGGUGAGGUGAGUGUGAGUGGGACAGCGAACCAAUCGGCUUACGUGUUGGCAGAUUGCUGGAGAACUUUGGAUGAGAGCUCUUGCAGACAGUGUUUAGAGAAUGCAUCUGCGUCAAUGUUGGGAUGCUUGCCUUGGUCCGAGGGGCGAGCAUUGUACACCGGGUGCUUCAUGAGGUAUUCGGACACAGAUUUUCUCAACAAGGAAAUGGGAAAUGGGAGUUCCAGAGGUACCAUAAUUGUCAUCGUAGUUUCAGUUAUCAGCUCCUUGGUGGUUUUAGUAGUUGGAGCAGCCAUUGGAUUUUAUAUCUGGAAACACAGAUAUAUACAAAAGAAAAGAAGAGGAACAAAUGAUGCAGAAAAGUGGGCGAAAACCCUAAAUGACAGUAGCUUAAACUUCAAGUACUCAACAAUUGAAAAGGCCACAGGGUCUUUUGACAUUGUCAACAAGCUUGGGCAAGGAGGUUUCGGAACUGUUUACAAAGGAGUUCUGGCUGAUGGGAGAGAGAUUGCAGUGAAGAGGCUUUUCUUCAACAACAGGCACAGAGCAGCAGAUUUCUAUAACGAAAUCAACAUUAUAAGCAGCGUCGAACACAAAAACUUGGUCAGGUUGCUGGGUUGUUGUUGUGCGGGACCUGAAAGCCUUCUCGUCUAUGAAUACCUACCAAACAGAAGUCUAGAUCGCUUCAUCUUCGAUCAAGAAAGGGCUAAAACACUUAACUGGGAGAGGAGAUAUGAGAUCAUUGUUGGGACAGCAGAAGGUUUAGUCUACCUUCAUGACAACUCGAAAACAAGGAUUAUUCACAGAGACAUAAAGGCCAGCAACAUCCUUUUGGAUUCAAGGCUUCGUGCUAAAAUUGCAGAUUUUGGGUUGGCCAGGUCUUUCGAGGAAGAUAAGAGUCACAUCAGCACAGCCAUUGCAGGAACAUUGGGAUAUAUGGCUCCUGAAUACCUAGCUCAUGGCCAGUUGACAGAAAAGGCAGAUGUCUACAGCUUCGGAGUGCUUAUAUUGGAGAUCAUCACUGGAAGGCAGAACAACAGGAGCACAUCUGCAGAGUACUCAGACGGCAUAGUUAUAAUUACCUGGAAGCACUUUCAAGCAGGGACUGUAGAGGAACUAUACGACCCAAACUUAAUGUCGCAAAAUUUCCAUGACAACUUUAAGGAUGAGAUAUUCAGAGUGGUCCAGAUAGGACUUCUAUGCACCCAAGAGAGUCCCUCUUUACGACCAACAAUGUCAAAGGCGCUGCAGAUGCUAACAAAGAAGGAGCUGGACCUUCCUCCACCUGCCAAUCCACCUUUUAUAGAUGAAAAGACCAUGGAACUCAAUGACAACGGCGACGACCAAUGUUACCCUCUAAAUGCAGAUGGUGCUUCUUCAGUUGCGAGUGUUUCACAUAGUUCUUUCUAUCCUAGGUGAUCACAACACAGUGAAAACGAAAGGUUUCACAUAUUUCCAAGGAUUGCGAGCACUUAGUUUUCCUCUGAAGGAGCCAAGGAAUCUCAGGCUGCACCUCAGCCCUGCUCGGCUCAGUCAGAGACACGUCUAAUGACAAGGCCAAUUUUGACUAACUGAGAGAAUUGUUGAGCGAGACUUCAAGAGAAAGCAAUUUUUUUUUUCUCAGUUUUCAGAGCCAGACAGUAUGAGCAAUA